GCGAGGUGGGAGCGCGCAGCUGAUACCAGGGGACUGGGCUGCGGCGCUUAGUCCUCUCCCGGCCGCCGUCGCCUCCGACAUAUUGCCCGCUGGAGCUGCGGCGGCGAAGCGGAGAGCGCCGGGGGGAGGAGAUGGGAGGACGAAGAGGUCCCAACAGGACAUCCUACUGUCGAAAUCCACUCUGUGAGCCAGGAUCCUCUGGGGGCUCAGGUGGGGGCCACACUUCCAGCGCAUCAGUCACCAGUGUCCGUUCCCGCACCAGGAGCAGUUCUGGGACGGGCCUCUCCAGCCCUCCACUCGCCACCCAGACGGUCGUGCCCCUGCAGCACUGCAAGAUCCCCGAGCUGCCCGUCCAGGCCAGCAUUCUGUUUGAGUUGCAGCUCUUCUUCUGCCAGCUCAUAGCCCUCUUCGUCCACUACAUCAACAUCUACAAGACAGUGUGGUGGUAUCCGCCCUCCCACCCGCCCUCCCACACCUCCCUGAAUUUCCACCUGAUCGACUUCAACUUGCUGAUGGUGACCACCAUUGUUCUGGGCCGCCGCUUCAUUGGGUCCAUCGUGAAGGAGGCUUCUCAGAGGGGGAAGGUCUCCCUCUUUCGCUCCAUCAUGCUGUUCCUCACCCGCUUCACCGUUCUCACGGCAACAGGCUGGAGUCUGUGCCGCUCCCUCAUCCACCUCUUCAGGACCUACUCCUUCCUGAACCUCCUGUUCCUCUGCUAUCCGUUUGGGAUGUACAUUCCGUUCCUGCAGCUGAACUGUGACCUCCGCAAGACAAACCUCUUCAGCCACAUGGCCUCCAUGGGUCCCCGGGAGGCGGUCAGUGGCCUGGCACGGAGCCGGGACUACCUGCUGACACUGCGGGAGACGUGGAAGCAGCACACGCGGCAGCUGUACGGCCCGGACGCCAUGCCCACCCACGCCUGUUGCCUGUCGCCCAGCCUCAUCCGCAGUGAGGUGGAGUUCCUCAAGAUGGACUUCAACUGGCGCAUGAAGGAGGUGCUGGUCAGCUCCAUGCUGAGCGCCUAUUAUGUGGCCUUUGUGCCUGUUUGGUUCGUGAAGAACACACAUUACUAUGACAAGCGCUGGUCCUGCGAGCUCUUCCUGCUGGUGUCCAUCAGCACCUCGGUGAUCCUCAUGCAGCACCUGCUGCCUGCCAGCUACUGCGACCUGCUGCAUAAGGCCGCUGCCCACCUGGGCUGCUGGCAGAAGGUGGACCCAGCACUGUGCUCCAACGUACUGCAGCACCCGUGGACUGAAGAAUGCAUGUGGCCACAGGGCGUGCUGGUGAAGCACAGCAAGAACGUCUACAAAGCAGUGGGCCACUACAAUGUGGCCAUCCCCUCCGACGUCUCCCACUUCCGGUUCCACCUUCUGUGGGAAGCAGUAGUCUUGACAGAAGGAACACCACAAACAAAGGCAGAGAGAUGGCAAGGUCCACGCCCAACCCUACGAACUCUUCCUCCCCACCCAAGUCUGCAUGGGGCCCAAGAGCUUGACCCCUUCACUGGCCUACCCAGAACCCCCUUCCAAGAGGCAGGUUUCUGGAGCCCACUUUCCAGUCCAUGCCUACUCUUUCCUGGGCAGUUCUUUUUCAGCAAACCCCUGCGGAUCCUCAACAUCCUUUUGCUGCUGGAGGGCGCUGUCAUCGUCUACCAGCUCUACUCCUUAAUGUCCUCUGAUAAGUGGCACCAGACCAUCUCACUGGCACUCAUCCUCUUCAGCAACUACUACGCCUUCUUCAAGCUGCUGCGAGACCGCCUGGUAUUGGGCAAGGCCUACUCGUACUCGGUCAACCCCCAGAGGGACCUAGACCACCGGUUCUCCUGAGCCCCAGGGCGACCCAGGGACAGCAUCCAGGCUUCAGCCAGGGGCUCCCUGGGAAGCGGCUGUGGGAGAGGGAUGGGUGAGGGGCAAAAAAAAAACAAAAAACAGACAAAAAAAAAUCCACCAGAGCUUUGUAUUUUUGUUACAUACUGUUUCUUUCUUUGAUAAUUGAUGUGAUUAUGAGGAGAAAAAAAAAGUCCUAUUUUUAUACUCCCAAUAA